GGGAGCCAAUUCCCAGGUCUGAUUCCUCAUUAAGGCGUCAUAUUAACAUAUUCUUCCAGCACAGAUUCAGAAAUAUAGGAGAAUGUCCUUGGUGGGAAGAUGUCCUGUUUUUGCUCUUGUUAACAUAGGACGCCCGGGUUACAUGCCUUUUCAAAUGAUUCAUUCGUUAUGAGAUUUUUUAAUAUGAUAAUAACAUGUUGGUGCAAAAUACUAAUGUUAGAUACGAAAAGUUAAUGAGGUGAUACGAGAAUGACAGAUGGGCAUGGGCAUGAGUGGAAAUUUGUAAACCUUACCUUCUUUUUACAAUUCAAGGAAACCGCACAUGGUUUUUAGGUGUCGUGGAGAAGGAAGAAGGAGGCACAGAUUACGGUGCCUGCUUUAUGCGUGACAGUGGUAUUGAGCUUCUCUGUCUGUCUAUUCAAUUCCUUUUAGUUUUUGAUUUAUGUACUACUCCUUAAUUUCCCUCCUAAAUCAUCCCCAAAUUGGCGCCACUUCUCGCCCACUGUUUUUUUUUAUUUUCCUUCUCCCAAUAACCAACCCUAGCCCUAGUCCAAUUCCUUCUCUCAUUCCGCAUCCUUGUCAAUUUCCUCUUUUUUAAGUCUUUGAGUUCGUAGUUAAUGUCACUUUUUGUAUAUUAGAUACGCCCUCACAUUCGCUAUAUCUCUCUCUCGAUUUACUCUUUCUUCUGUCGCCGCAACUCAUGGAGCGCACGCGAAAGCAGCAUAAACCGGAGAGAGCUCCGGGAAGUUUAGAAAUUUUAGGUAAAAAUUGUCAGCCUGAGAAGGAAGAAGUUGUUGCGAAGAAGCGAGGGAGAAAACCCAAGAAGAAAGAACAGUUUUUGGAAAGUGAGAAUGAUGAGAGGCAAAUUGGAGAGGAGGAAAAGGAAAUAGAGGAAAAUAAUGGUAAUGCGGUUUCUCAAAAAGAGGAAAGUGUGCAGAAUGAGGGCGGAAUAAGUGGUAACGGGGUUUCUGAAAAGGAGGUCAGGAUGCAGAAUGAGGGUGGAAUAAGUAAAGUUGGUGAAGGAUAUGGAAAUAAAGCCAAGAAAAGUGAAGUAGAUGCUGGGAAGAAGGGAGUUGGAAGGAAUAAUAAUAAGGGAAAUUUAACUGGGAAAGGUGGGAAGAAGAAUAACGAGAAGGAAAGAUUGGAGCACGUGGCUGGGGACAUUGGUGAAAGUUUUGAAGAGAAGGAAAGUGGAGUUUCUGAAGAUAAAAAGGUUUUGGAAGGUUACAAGAGAGUGAAAUUAGACGAGGAUUGUCAAGUGACAGGCGAAGAAGUGUUUUCUGUGAAGGAGGAAGAUGGUAAUGGGCUUUCUGUGAAUGAAAAAGGGUUUGGUGAUCUAGCAAGUGCAGUGAACAAGAGACUGAGAGAUGGUGGGAAGAAGAAGAGGGGCAGGGGAGGUCGGACUGGUAUGCAAAAAAAGAUGAAAUUGAUGGCAGCUCAGGAAAAUGGUGAUAGUGAUCAGGAAGAGAAUGGAGUUAAUCCUCAGAAGCACGACCAAAAGGAUAGGACGGAUGAUGAAUUUAAAGAAAAUGAGGGUUUGGGAUCUGAAGAAAAACAAUCUUCGGUUUUAGAGGAAGAAGGCGGGGAAGGGAAUAAGGUAAGAGGAAGAGGACCAAAAAGUCAAGGGAAGAAGUUGAGGGAGGAAACUCGCAGUGUUUUGGGAAAUGAAAAGGAGGAGAAUGAUUUGCGUCCUUAUUCUCUGAGGACUUCGACAAAACAAGUGCAACAUGUGUCAAAAGAUUCAAAGAAAGGAAAAAUCCAUGGGACUGGAGGGGAGUCAGUGAUGUGCCAUCAGUGCCAGAGGAAUGAUAAAGGCAGGGUUGUCAGAUGCCAAAAAUGUACAACAAAGCGGUUUUGCAUCCCAUGUAUAAGAAGUUGGUAUCCUAAGAUGUCAGAGGAUGAAAUCGCUUCUUCUUGUCCAGUUUGUUUGGGUAAUUGCAAUUGCAAAACAUGUCUACGAAUGGAGGGAGUGAUAACAAGUGAGCUGAAGAAGUUGAAAGAAGAUCCAAAAUUUGAAAAAGAGCAUCACUCUAGGCAUUUACUUCAAGCCCUUCUCCCUUAUGUCAAAACAUUCAGUGAAGAACAAAUGAAAGAGUUGAUGAUGGAGGCCCAGAUAAUAGGGGUAUCACUAUCUGAAAUUCAGCCACAGAAGGCAGAUUGUCUUGAUAAUGAGCGUGUGUACUGUGACAACUGUCGAACCUCAAUUGUUGACUUUCACAGAAGCUGUCCAAACUGUAAAUAUGAUCUGUGCCUUGUUUGCUGUCGGGAAUUGCAUGAUGGCCACUUGCAGGGUGGAGGUGAUGAAGUAGUUGUGGAAUAUCAGGUCAGAGGUUUGGAUUAUUUGCAUGGUGAAAUGAAGCAAUUUCAAUCUCCAGAAGAAGACAGGUCAUCUACAGCUGGGACAAUUUCUGAGGAUCAGAAUAGGUCAGUACCUAACUGGAAGGCAAAUGGAAAUGGUAGUAUUCCUUGCCCCCCAAAAGAAUUAGGUGGUUGUGGUGAUGGCCUCUUGGAACUAAGAUGUAUCUUCACAAAAAAUUGGGUUGCUGAAUUGGUGAUAAAGGCUGAAGAGAUAGUCAAGGCUCAUAAUCUUGAAGAUAUGCAUAAAUCUCCAGAACAAAUGUGCAAUUGUUUCAACUCAGCAGGUGAGAUUGACAUGUGCAACUGUCAACUGAGAAAAGCAGCUUCUCGAGAAGACUGCAGCGAUAAUUAUUUGUAUAAUCCAGUUGCUAAAGACAUUCAACAUGGAGAUUUAAAGCAUUUCCAGUGGCACUGGGCUAAAGGUGAGCCGGUUAUAGUCAGCAAUGUGCUUGACUGUGCAUUGGGGUUGAGUUGGGAACCAAUGGUUAUGUGGCGCGCUUUUCGUCAGAUUACAAAUAUAAAACAUGGCCAACAUCUGGAUGUUAAGGCUAUUGAUUGCUUGGAUUGGUGUGAGGGGGAGGUCAACAUCCAUCAAUUCUUUAAAGGCUACACAGAUGGUCGCUAUGACUGGAAACACUGGCCUCAAAUAUUAAAGUUAAAAGACUGGCCGCCAUCUAAUUUAUUUGAGGAACGCUUGCCUCGUCACAACUACGAGUUUGUGGCUUGUUUGCCUUUUAAGGAAUAUACACAUCCUCGUGGUGGUAUUCUGAAUCUUGCUACCAAAUUGCCAAAAAAAUCUCUGAAGCCAGACAUGGGGCCUAAGACAUAUAUUGCUUAUGGGUUUGCUCAAGAGCUUGGACGCGGAGACUCUGUUACCAAGCUUCAUUGUGAUAUGUCUGAUGCGGUGAAUGUUUUAACACAUACUGCUGAAGUGAAAUUUGAAUCUACAUGUCUUGAGGCUAUACCACAGUUGAAACAGCUGCACAAUGCCCAAGAUCAAAUGGAGAUAUUUGGUGUCAGUCAGUGUAAAGAUGAAAAUGUCCAUGGUAAUCAGAGUGGUGACAAGUGUGAUGACUCUAAUUGUCAUAGAGGAUCUGAACUGGAGGAUGCAGCAGAGGCAAUCGCUAAUCAAGGUAUUAGCGGGGAGAGUGGUGAGCCAUUUGAUGUUCCUCCAAGUGAGCUUGAAUCUGCUGAUGGAGGUGCUGUUUGGGACAUAUUCCGGAGACAGGAUAUUCCUAAGCUGCAGGAGUAUCUUAAUAAGCAUUUUAGAGAAUUUAGACAUAUUCAUUGUCGUCCAAUACCACAGGUUGUUCAUCCUAUACAUGAUCAGACUUUUUAUCUCACUUUGGAGCAUAAAGCAAAGCUCAAGCAGGAAUAUGGAAUUGAACCUUGGACAUUUGUUCAGAAGCUUGGUGAGGCUGUUUUCAUUCCUGCAGGAUGCCCCCAUCAAGUCAGGAACCUGAAGUCGUGCAUAAAGGUUGCUCUAGAUUUUGUCUCUCCUGAAAAUAUUGGUGAGUGUGAACGUUUGACAGAGGAAUUUCGGUUACUUCCUCCAAAUCAUAGGGCUAAAGAGGACAAGUUGGAGGUGAAAAAAAUGAUUCUCCAUGCAAUGAAUCAGGCUAUAAAGGACUUGGAACAUCAGAGUCCAUAUUCGGAAACUGCUAAUAAAGAUCAGAAUCCUAAAGCUAAGAAAAAGAGACAGAGACAGUGAAGCAUUGAAAUGAGUUUAAGGUUGGAUCACGUACAAAUCUGGCCAAAGUUUCAUGUAGGUUUUUGGAGCAGUGCUAUAUGUCAGAAUGUGGACCUUGAGGAAUGUGUUUUGCCCGAACUCGUCUGCCCUCAGUAAUCUCAGUCUUUGUUGUAUAUUUUGUGUUUCAGAUGUUUGCUGCUAUUUUUCCUCGUUGACUUGGGUAUCAUUUUGUGAAACCUUUAAAAAUAUCAAUGUUGAAAUUAUGAAGAUCCCAUUGGCAUGUGCUUAUGCCUGAGGCAAA